AUGGUGCAAAAAGCAAAUCGACAAGCUGGCAGGAGUUUGGUGAAAGAUGCUGCUGCUGUCAUUGAAGAUGUCCCGCUACACACACGUCUCAAACCAAGUGAGCAGCGAAUGGAGAAUGAGGACGUGUGGGGAUGCUGCGGCACCGAGGCAUCUGAAGUCGGCCCCACCAUGGUGGGAGACGAGCAUUCGGAUCCCAGCCUGAUGAGCUUCCUGGGGGCCACGAAGAGGAACAUGCUGGGGAACCACUUCUGGGAGUACUACGUGAACGAUGCACCACGGAUAGUCCUGAACAAGCUGGAGAGCUGUGGUUACCGGGUGGUGAGCAUGACAGGCGUAGGCCAGACAUUGGUGUGGUGCCUCCACAAGGAAUAGCGUGGAAGACUUCUGCAUUCCACCUGGACAAGAUCCUGCUAGGGAUCAUCUCACACAGGACUGACAGCAAACUUUUUCCCUUAAUUCCUUUCUGUCCCAGACUCCAGGCAUGGGGAGAGGAGUGUAGAGGCAAAACUUGACCCAAUGGAAACUUGCCACCCCUGCCAUUUCACAAGACCAGGGGGAGGAAGGUACGCCCAGUGCAGAUGAAAUCACACACAGAACAGAUGGCUCUAUCCCUGCAUUCAUCUGAAUGGCAGUCUGGCAAAUAUCUUUUUACAUUUUAAUCAUCUAUUUAGCAUGCAUUGGAGGAAGCUCAAAUAACAGACAUGUCUGCCUGCUCCUCAGGGCUGCCCCAGAGAGGUACAUGCUGAACUGUGAGAGUUCAGGGCAUGCCUUCUCCCAGGCCAUGGAGGGGAGGCCAAGCAUGGAUGGCAUACUAUCUCAUCCCUGAAAUGUAAGGGGGAACUACUAAACCUACACAGUGCUCUGAGAAUCCCUUCACCCCGCAGCAAGGCCAGUUUCUCUCCCAACUGGGAUUGUGGUUAGCAGCAUCAGCCCCAAGAGUGCCAUUCAAGUGAACACAUUAUUCCUGAAAUAGCCUUAGAGCAGCACAGAAAGGGCUUGUGAACAUUUCAGGUACAGGCUCUGUAAUCUUAACAGCAGCAGCUGCAAUGCUGGAUUGUUUGGGACUGUGUAUCAAUCCUGCUGUAGGGGUAACACCAAUAAAACAUUU